CAAAAAAAAUUCAUUGCCAUCGUGUCAGUUGUUGGCAGCGAAAUUACUAUAAAAGUUUACCUCCUAAAUAUUUAGAAUUAAAAUAAAUUGUUAUUAUUUUUUGUGUAUAAUAUUGUUAAUGUUUUUUGUUAUAUACUUUUAAACCAGUGCACAUUUACAAAAUGUUAGAUCUAUUUACGAUAUUUACGAAAGGAGGAAUUGUAUUGUGGUGUUUCCGAGCCACUGAUCAAAUAUUUACGUCCCCGAUUAACAGUUUAAUACGUGGAAUUAUUCUCCAAGAACGAACAAUUGGAUCAAAAGACUUUGAACACAACAAUUUAGCUUUGCGCUACAAGUUGGACAAUGAGCUGGACAUUGUUUUGGUUGUUGCAUUCCAAAAGAUUAUUAAAAUGUCUUAUUUGGAUAAAUUUCUAAAUGAUGCUCAUCUCGAGUUUAGGGACAAAUACAAAAAUGAACUGUCGAGCGGAGAAAAGGUGAACUUUGAAUAUAACUUUACAAAGGAGUUUCAAAGGAUUUUGGCGGAAGCAGAGUCUUGGGGCAAGGAAGAAGUAAAGCUCCCAAAACAAAUGCGUAGUUAUGUUGAAUCGGAAAAGUCGAAAAAAACUGUUGCUUCCAUGAUUGAAUCGGGCCCGAACGCUAAGUCGACUGGCAAAAAGGUACAAAUUGUUGAGAAUCAACAACAUCAGCAUCAGUUAUCACAAAAGUCGAGAGAACAAAUUAUCCAAGAUAAUCGUAAAAAAUUGAUGGAAAAGUUGGCUGGAAAGAAGAGUCCACAGGAGGAGAAGAAGAAGACCCCGAAAGAGAAUGAAAAGGUUGGCAAGAAGCCGAGAGUUUGGGAACUGGGUGGUGAUCUUAAGGACAUGUCCAAUUUGGAUAGAUCAAAGGAUCGUCCUGAUGAAAGGCAAAUCGAGCCAACUCAAGAAUCUAAGGAGAUGGUUGGUACAAUGGGCGGUGGUAUUAAAGAUCUUGAGGUUGAGAGCGAUGAGGAAGAAGAGGAUUACAAUCAAAGCAAUAGAUCACGUGGCAAUGAACAAAAAACCGGAGUGUUUUCUUUGUUCCGCGGAAUUGUGGGUUCGAAGAAUCUAACAAGAGCUAAUGUUGAGCCUGCAUUGGACAAGCUAAAAGAUCAUCUCAUUUCAAAGAAUGUUGCCUCAGACAUUGCACAGAAACUAUGCGAUUCAGUUGCCUCGAAACUCGAAGGAAAGGUCUUGGGAACUUUCGAAUCUGUAGCUGCAGCCGUCAAAACUGCACUUACAGAGUCUCUAGUCCAGAUUUUAUCACCAAAGCGUCGUGUUGAUAUAAUUCGAGACGCUCUCGAGGCUAAACGUGCCAAUAGACCUUUCGUAAUGGCAUUCUGUGGAGUUAACGGUGUUGGAAAGUCGACAAAUUUGGCAAAGAUUUGCUUCUGGCUGAUUGAGAACGAUUUUAAUGUAUUAAUUGCAGCCUGUGAUACUUUCAGGGCUGGAGCUGUUGAACAGCUUCGAACACAUACCCGACACUUGAACGCCCUGCAUCCGCCACAGAAACACAACAACCGUACAAUGGUGCAGUUGUACGAGAAGGGUUAUGGCAAAGACGCAGCUGGAAUUGCAAUGGAGGCCAUAAAAUACGCCAAUGAUACGAACGUCGAUGUGGUAUUGAUUGAUACAGCCGGAAGGAUGCAAGACAAUGAGCCCCUGAUGAGGGCAUUAGCAAAACUUAUCAAGGUCAACGAUCCCGAUUUGGUACUUUUCGUGGGCGAGGCAUUGGUUGGAAAUGAGGCCGUCGAUCAGCUGGUAAAGUUCAAUCAGGCCUUGGCGGAUUAUUCGUCCAACGAGAAUCCGCAUAUUAUCGAUGGGAUCGUACUCACGAAAUUCGAUACGAUUGAUGAUAAAGUGGGCGCUGCCAUAUCUAUGACUUACAUUACAGGGCAGCCAAUUGUGUUUGUGGGAACUGGACAGACGUACACAGAUUUGAAGGCUAUCAACGCUAAAGCUGUUGUACAUGCUCUAAUGAAAUAAUAAAAUGCUUGAUUUUUCUUCUACAAACAUCUAAAUUUUAUUAUUUUUUUUUUAAUUUUUAAAUAAAAUUUUGUAUUAAGCCAAUAAAAAAAUAUGUGGAAAUCGAAUAUCAAGCAAAUAUAAUCAAACAUUUGAAUAAUUUGA